GGUCACCCAGAAAGGUCACCGUGAAGGAGUGUGCCAUUUUGUUUGUACACUGGACGUGUUUUACGUGUGUCCUGCUUAUGUUAUAUAAUGGGGCGAUUUUCACAGAACUAGUAACCCAAUGUUUUAUUUAACGACGUUGUUUGAGAAUGUCAGCAUUCGCUGUGCCCGUGCGCCGAAAGGCUGUUCUGAGCGGACUGGGGCGGCUCGGGUGGCAGGUGAUGAUGAGGGGGAGGGGCGGCAGUACAACAACAUUCCUUGUCCAUUCACGCACAGUGGUUUCAUCAGCGGUGCUGCAACAAUAUCAACCGGGAGGUUUUCCUCACGUUCACCGGAGCAGCCUGGCCAAGCUGACGCCGCAGCAGGUCACCAAUGUCCUGAGAGCAAACGACGCCUCCUUUGUCAUGGACUUUGACAGUCCUGUUCAUCGUUUUGACAGCAAUCAGCUGGCUUCCAACAGCCCCAUAGAGGACCGGCGUGCAGCAGGCAGGUGCCUGUACUCAGGAGAUAUGCUCUUUGGUGUGUUUGAUGGCCAUGGCGGCAGUGCCUGUGCGCAGACUGUGAGUGAGAGACUUCUAGACUACAUUGCCGUCUCUCUCAUGGACUACAAACAAUUAUGUGAGUACAAGUCAUCCAUGGAGUCUUCGGCUGGGCGAGCAGAGGCCGUGAGACGGUUUAACUUCGCCAACGACUACUCCUCACAAGAAGGAGGAAGACGUUACACCGAGGCGCUGUACAAAUUUGCACGGGAGGUUCUGGCAGCCUACGAUGAAGAGGCAGAUGCAGCAGAUUGUUUAAGACAUGCAUUUGAAAGGCUGGACGAGGACAUCUCUUCAGAAGCGCAAGCAAAAUUGCCAAAUGGGCAAGUCAACUUUGAAGCCUUACAGGCAGCAUAUGCAGGUGCAACCACAGUGGUGGCCUAUGUACAUGGAACUGAUUUGUACAUAGCCAAUGUUGGGGACAGUGGAGCUGUGUUGGGGGUACAUAAUGAGUAUGGUACUUGGGAACCACGACAGCUAACCUCCGACCACAAUGCUCUCAACCCUUCUGAAAUACUUAGGAUUAGAGGAGAGCAUCCGAGAAGUGAGUCAACAUUUGUGGUCAAGGGUGGCCGAUUGCUGGGGUACCUACAGCCUCUAAGGGCAUUUGGUGAUGUUAAGUUUAAGUGGAAAAAAGAGUUACAGAUGGAAGUGCUCAACACUGCCUACAAUAAGAACCUGAUACCUGUGAACUACUACACUCCCCCUUAUCUUACUGCCAUGCCCGAGAUCACGCAUCACAAGUUAACUAGUAACGACAAGUUCCUGAUCCUGGCUAGCGAUGGUCUCUGGGAACCCAUGAUGAAGCAGACGGCAGUGAGGCUUGUAGCAGAGCAUCUCAUGGGAAACCACAAGGGUAGAUUUCACUUUGAUGGCAUCAAAACAUUGGGGGACAUCAGUGCCAUUCUGAAGAAGAGACGAGCCAGCCACUCGGCAGAAGUGAUGGACCAGAACGUCACCACACAUCUGAUUCGGCAUGCUCUGGGGGGAACUGAUGAUGGAAUUGACCACAGUAAGCUGGCCACCAUGCUCACACUGCCUGAGGAGAUUGUACGUCUGUACCGUGAUGACAUCACCAUCAGUGUCAUCUUCUUCAACUCUGACCACAUUGCAAGCUUGGAGUGAAUCAACAGUAGUUUUGUGACUUUUUUUGGAAAAGGUUUUCACUUCCAGAGGGAGGACAUU